CUCCAGCUGUCCGCGUCCGCACUUUGCAGCCAGUCAGUGCGAGAAUGUCGAACUGGUCGCCUCGUCCGCUGUGUGCGCUUCUGCUGGUCCUCGUGGCUAACGCCGCGCUUGGAUCCGUGGAUUUGGCUGGUUCCCUGGAUCCCUCGCUGCUCGAGAGCGUGGAUGUGGACCAGCUGAAGUCGAACUAUCUGCCGCCGGGCCUGCAAAACGUGAAUAUCACCUUGGCUGACUUCCAGAAGCUGCUGCAAUCGAAGUGCGCGAAGGCCAAUGACCAUUUGCCGAAGGGCUCGGUGAACGCCUCUGCCCUGGGCAAGUCCAUCGAGGAGGCGGGCCUGCACCUCGUCGAGUGCCUCUCCGGAUUGGCCAACAUAACGGAGAUCCAGGCGGAGAUCGCGGAGGCGAGUCCCAAGGGCGAUCUGGACGUGGUCUUCGAGAAGUACUGCCUCCGCUUGCCGCAGGCCAAGACCUGUCUCAAGAACUUCAACGACGCGCUCCUGCCCUGCCUGACGACCGACGAGAAGUCGCACAACGCAAUGCUGCAGAGGAUCGCGGACAAGCUGCUGGAGUUCAUCUGCUACAAGAACGGCGACCAGAUUGCGCUCUUCAUCGCCGAGGAGGGGCCCGAGUGCCUGGAGCAGAGUCGCGAUGGCAUCGCCAAUUGCCUGAACUCCUCCUUCGCCGGAUAUCUGCCCAAGGCGUUUAGCACGGAGUGGGAUAUGCCCCAGCUGGUCCUGGGUCCGCGGCAGUGCGUCGACCUCUACACAUUCGAGACGUGCACCGUCGGUCUGCUGGAGAAGUGCAAGACGAUCACUCCCAGCAACAUUGUGGAGUCCAUGUUCCGGUACGUGAGGAAGGAGUCCUCCUGCCAGUCCCACAUCGACAAGGUCAAGCAGCAGCACCGCCGAGCCCUGCCACUGGCCAGUGGAUCCGGGUCCGAAUCAUCCUUAUCCCUGCAUCUCACCUGGACCUCUGCGAGCCUGCUAAUGGCCACUUUGCUCGCCCGGCUGGCCUAGCUUCCCCCGCUGCCCUCUCCCCCUCUCACUCUUUUUUUGAUAUUUUAUAAUUAUGUUUAAUAAACUUUGCAAAGUCGAGAA